UGCAGAGCCCGUCCCUGGGUGCUGCUGGCAGCCAGGGCGGGGAGAAAGCAGCCUCCCAUUGGGUGCAGCAGCCACCUCGGCAGCCCAGGAAGCUGUGGUGUGCGCUGCAUGGUAUCUGCUCGGAGCCAUCUGCUCUGGAAGGAGCUGAAGAGGAGCGGGAGAGCUCACAUCGAGAUGUUCCAACUGGGGGGGAGCCCCUAAUGAGGAAUAACGUUGGGAUAAAAGAAGCCAAAUCCUGCAGGUCGGGUGCAAAGGGGAGAGCAUGGUUGGAUCCCUGCCCUUCACAGGCACCAGCCUUUGAGCCUCUGCGAGAGCUCGGCCCCACGGCGGUGCUGGAAGCGGCUGCCCCAUGGCUGCAGCGGGGGGCGAGGGGCCGGAGGGGACCCCGCUGCUGCCAGCGGGUGCUGCCCUGGCCCUGCUCGGUGGCCUGGUCUACCUGGGCGCCCUGUGCGCUGCCUGCAGACGCAAGAGCAGGAAGAAGCAGCUCCCUCCGGACGGGGUGAAGCUGGUGGAUGAGUCCCUGCUCAGACAGACGCAGCUGCGGUCGCUCAGCAAGUCGGACACGAAGCUGCACGAGCUCUACCGGGUGAAGGCCGGAGGCCACGCCCAGCGCCCGGCCAGCCUGGACUUCACCAGCCCCUCGCCCGCUGACCCCCAGCACGGUGCCGGCGUCCUCCUGCACCGCGAGCUGCCGCAGAUCCCGGUCCCCGAGCCCCCGGACCAGACCUACUCCAACCUCCUCUUUCCCCCGCGGCGGCGCCCGGCCCCCGACACCGUCUACGAGUGCGUGGCCACGGGGGGAGAGGAGCCCCCGGUGUCCCCGCCUCGGGCUGUGCAUGGGGCGGCCGAUUACGCCUGUGUGCGCAAGGUGAAGAAGGGGAUGCCCGCGGAGGAGCAGGAUGCGGCUGCAGCCGUGGGGCCCCCCCAGGCGCUGCAGUGCUGCGAUGGCUCAGGAAGUGCCCCCCAGGCGAAGCUGGAAGAGAUGUACUCCACUGUCUGCAAAGCCACCAAGAAGAAAACCCAGGUCCCUGCAUCACCCCCAGGGGAGGAGGGUGCCCAGGCCCGGUCCUGGUCCCCGGCAGCCCAUGGCCCUCUGGACCCCUGCUAUGAGUCCAUCAAUGACAGAGCCUGGACCAUUCAGGGCCGAGGCCCCGACCCGGACUAUGAGGCCGUGGAUGUCAACUGGAAGAGGGCAGCAAAGCGGGACAAGGCCCCCGAGAACCUGUAUGAGAGCGUUGGGGACAUCUGGGCUGGGGGGUCCCAAAGAGCUGCGGCCAGGAUGGCGUCCAAUGGCCUGGAAGUGUACAUCACCAACCUAUAGCACCCCAGCGUGCUCCCACCACGGUGGCUUCCCAUGGGACCGGCCUUCCAGGGGCUUGAACCCCCCCCGGGAUGGGCACACUUGAACCCGUGCCCACUGGGGUGGCUGCAUCCCCACAAUGGCUUUCUGUAUGUAUUUUAUAUUCCUUUAAGCAUCCUUGUCCCAUCGUGACCCAGGUUGAUGUUGGGUGCCCUGGGAUGGGUGGUUUGGGGGUGCUGGGUGCCACAUGGAGCCCGGUGGGACAGGGAUGGUGCUGCCAGCACAAUGGGAAUGGGGUUGGGACUAGUCAUGGUGGUGGGGUCAGCCCUGUGGCUCUGUGCUGCAGGAUCAGGCCCUUCAUCACUGGGGUUAUGCUGUGAGUGAGGGGUCUCCAUCCUCCUCCCUCUGCCUUGGAGGGAGCAGGGCCCCAUCCAGCCCCCAGGAAGCCCUGAGCAGCUUCACUCCCAUCACUGAACACCCCUGGUUAUGGGGACCAGGGGCCAGCCCUGUGCCUUGGGGCAGAGCAGGCUGCAGGCUCUGCUUUGUCCCUGUCACCCAUUCCCACCUUAUGGGUCUGUACAAGAGUGAGGUGCCUCCAGAAGCUGCCAUCUCCCAAACCACCAUUAAAAGGCUGAGAUGGGGUUAUCCGUGUCAGGAGAAAACACUUAAA